AAGGCUCGCUCGUGGGUCCGUGUUGCUUCGAGCGCCUCCUCCGAGCCCUUCGAAUCCUCGCCCUCACCAAAAUCUCCUCUUUCGAAUUCUAGGGUUUUAGAUCCCACCCCCUCUCUCGAGAUCUCGAACUCCCCCUAGGGUUUCGAAGCUCUUCCGAUUGUCUCCAAUGGCGGUGGAGCGGUUGUUGAAAGAUGAAGCCACGGAAGAGAAGGGAGAUCGAGCUCGGAUGGCAUCUUUUAUCGGUGCAAUGGCAAUUGCUGAUUUAGUUAAGACCACCUUAGGACCGAAGGGAAUGGACAAGAUCCUGCAGUCAACUGGCAGAGGGCGUAAUGUCACUGUUACUAAUGAUGGUGCAACUAUAUUGAAGGCACUUCAUAUUGACAACCCAGCUGCGAAGGUCCUUGUUGAUAUAUCGAAAGUUCAAGAUGAUGAAGUUGGUGAUGGAACAACUUCAGUUGUUGUUUUGGCUGGAGAGCUACUGAGGGAAGCUGAAAAAUUGGUCAACUCAAAGAUUCAUCCUAUGACUAUUAUUGCAGGUUACAGAAUGGCUGCUGAAUGUGCACGCAAUGCUUUGUUAGAGAAGGCCAUGGACAACAAACAAGACCCAGAGAAGUUUAAAUCCGAUCUGUUGAACAUUGCUAUGACAACUUUGAGUUCGAAAAUACUUUCCCAGGACAAGGAGUACUUUGCUAAACUUGCUGUUGAUGCUGUUUUGAGGCUUAAGGGGAGCACUAAUUUGGAGGCCAUCCAAAUUCUAAAGAAACCUGGAGGAUCUCUGAAGGACUCUUUUUUGGAUGAAGGGUUUAUUCUUGACAAGAAAAUAGGUAUUGGGCAACCAAAGCGCAUUGAGAACGCCAAGAUUUUGGUUGCUAACACUGCUAUGGACACUGACAAAGUAAAGAUCUAUGGGGCCCGCGUUCGUGUUGAUUCGAUGACUAAGGUUGCAGAGAUCGAAGCUGCGGAGAAGCAGAAGAUGAGAGAGAAAGUGCAAAAAAUAAUAGCCCAUGGAAUCAACUGUUUCGUUAACCGUCAAUUGAUAUAUAACUUUCCAGAGGAACUAUUUGCUGAUGCUGGCAUACUUGCUAUCGAGCAUGCUGAUUUUGAUGGGAUUGAGCGGUUGGCGCUCGUUACAGGCGGUGAGAUUGCAUCGACUUUUGAUAAUCCAGAGUCUGUUAAGCUUGGGCAUUGCAAGCUUAUUGAAGAGAUAAUGAUUGGUGAAGAUAGGUUGAUUCAUUUCUCUGGGUGCGAAAUGGGUCAAGCUUGUACCAUUGUUUUAAGAGGUGCAAGCCAACAUGUGCUCGAUGAAGCUGAAAGAUCCUUGCACGAUGCCCUGUGUGUGCUGACUCAGACCGUGAACGACAGCCGGGUCUUACUCGGUGGCGGAUGGCCUGAGAUGGUGAUGGCAAAGGAGGUUGACGAACUAGCACGCAGGACCCCCGGAAAGAAAUCUCAUGCUAUCGAGGCCUUCUCCCGGGCUCUCCAAGCCAUCCCAACCAUCAUAGCUGACAAUGCCGGACUUGAUAGCGCCGACCUUAUCUCUCAGCUCCGUGCCGAGCAUCAUAAGGAGAGGAGCACUUCUGGAAUUGAUGUCAUCUCUGGCGGGGUUGGCGACAUGGAAAAGCUCGGAAUCUCGGAGUCCUUCAAAGUUAAACAAGCUGUACUUUUAUCGGCGACCGAGGCGGCUGAGAUGAUACUGAGGGUUGAUGAGAUCAUUACUUGCGCUCCGAGGAAGAGGGAGGAUAGAAUGUGACCUUGUUCCUCCUUCCGUUUAACCAACCAUGGCAAUUGUUUGAAUAUGGGUUCAAUGCUUUUCGAGUUUUUUCGAACUCUAUUUAUCAGAUGCCUGUAAACUGCCCAAAUAUCUGCCACUCGAGACUGCUUAGAUCUUUGAGUUCUUUUGAUUGAGAUGUUGUAUCAGGUUUUGCGCUUGCUUUCCACUUCUUUGCACUAAUCUGAAAACCAAUCAUUUUAUUUUUUACACCAUAACUUUGUACCCAUUUGAAUCUUGGACGUUUAAGGUUAUUAACUGCAGUAGCAGAUGAGUAAGAAUAGUGGCUUAGGGCUUUAUUUUUGCUAUUUAUCACCUUGUGUGAUCAGUUUUA